AUGCAGAUAUAUGGGUUGUCCACUGUUGGCAUGUCCAAUGUGUUCAUGAUUAUGGAGCUACAUACAUACAUAGCCAAGGGGGUGGCAGAAUGUGGAAAAGAGACCAACACUUGUUUUUUCUUUUUCAGAGUUCAGCUUGACACCCCCCCACCACCUACCUUCCUAAUAGAAAGUCAACUCUUGAGUCAACUAUGCACAGGCGGUUGGCCACCUUUUGCCUAA